GACGUCACCGUGACAUCCACAACUAGGCGCAAAACCUUCGACAGACGAGCAGACGUCUCUGAUAAAUCAUUUUGCUGCUUACUGUUUUGUUUCGUUAUUAUUAAAACUAAGUUUUCUAUGUUCGUGUUGGGACUAACAACGUGAAUAUGAUUGAUAAUAAAGUUUUGUCAAUAAAGACUAUUUGUGCAAUGGUACUGCUGAUGAUCGGCUAUGCAGAGUGUCAGGCAAAACACAGACAAGACAAAAGAUGGGUAGACAAGUCCAUUCGUUGUUACGAAUGUAACUCAGAAUAUGAUCCCAGGUGUGGUGACCCAUUCGAUAAUUACACCAUAGGAAUAGUGAAUUGCUCGUUGAAGAAGCCACCAGAAUACAUCGAUUUUCUUCCGACGCUAUGCAGAAAAACAGUUCAAAUAGUUAAUGGAAAAACUCGAGUUAUCAGGUCUUGUGGUUACAUCAGAAGCGACAGAGACGACCGUGAGUGUGCAAAAAGGAGUGGGACACACGAUGUUCAACUGAGAUACUGCUCUUGUACAGGAUCUCUUUGCAACGAGAGUUUCACUUUUAGUCCUUCCAAGCUGACAGUGAUAUUUUCAGUGAUUGCUUUCUUAGGAACAAAUUCGAUAGGAAUAGGAAAAAUCUUUUGAAGUUCAGCGCCUCAUAAAAGAAUUUUUAGUUCAUAAUGAUAAUCAAUGAUUUGAAUGAUUGAAGAAGAGAAAAAAAUCGAGAACACUGUAAACAUACAACUGCAGAAAACUGAUAUUGUGGAAGCCUCCGAUAAUUAUUUUCAAAUUGAACUGUUUCUAUAUAAUUUGACAUAUCAUGGCUAGGAAAAAACAAAUUUGUUUUAUGUCUCAAAUUUACUACAGACUUUUUUGAAUUCAAAUAUGGAUAUUUUCGAAUUGAAAUCUCUCAAACUAGCAUAUCAAUUCGUUAGGAGUGAUAUCAGAAUCCACGAAAAAGACUGAAUUUAUGAUUUUCAAAUCACAGUCACUUCUUCUUCUCCAAAAAAAUUUUAAUCCUCUAUAAAGAUGUCAAUUCGAAUCAUUGACGGUCAAAACCUUAUCAAAUUUUGGAUCUUAUCGUGAUUCAUUACUUUUUCGAAGUUCCUGAAGUUUUAACCCUAGUGAAACAAUCUCGAAUCUGUUAAGCUUGUAGAAGAUUAAAAUCAAUACGGCUAUGUUGAGAGGUGAUAGGAAUUUCGCAAACGAAUGCUGCCUUAGUUGGCUUAUUGAUAGUUCAUAAGUUAGAUUGGUCAUGGGAUUAUUUCCUAUAACAAGAAGUAAUUUGAAUGCGUAUAGAAAAGGUCGAUGUUUCUAAAAGAUGUACUGGAGGUAUCGAAUUUUCUAUAGGUCUACACCUGCACUCGAAACAUAAUGUCAUUUGAAAAAUCAAUUCAAAUAAUAUUAUCAGAUUUAUACACCAAAAAUAAACAAAGUGUAAACAAGAAAAUUUUUUGACAACAAAAAGAAAUUGAUAUUAUGGAAAAAUUAGGAUCGAAAGUCAUUUCUCAAUAAAUAUUUCUAUUGCUUCUUUCAAAUUGAAAGAAGCAUAAAGUGAUAUCAUUAAGGAUUUGAUGGAAGAAGGUAUGAAUGAUUUCAUGAUGUGAAUUGCAAUAAAUUCCAUUUGAUCUGUGAAGAAUUUUGAGAUACACCCAUUUUUGGUAUUUGGAAGCGAAGCAAAUUCAAAUCUGAAGUUUGAUCGAUAAAUUCCCCUGUAAGUCUCAAUUUGCAAUGUUUUUCAUGAGAGAACAAAGUAAAUACAUCAAAAUUCAUACUCCAAAGAAUAAGAUAGUGACACCUGCUAUACAUGUGCUGUACAGGUGCUGAAGGCAGUUUCGAUUCUUCUAAGGAGUAACCCUAACUAAAUUUGUUCUUGUCAGAGUAUUGCUGAUGGAGUUUGUUUCCUGAAUUUUUUUGAUUUUUCUAAUGAACUCAAUCUGUCUCACUUCAUUCUCUGUUGGUUGAUUCGUCGUUCAGUACCAUUUUCAUUUCUUCCGAUUUCAUUGCUUGUAUCUCUUGUUCUUUCGAAAAGCGAUAGGUUUAUUUUGAAUUUUGUCUCACGCCAUGCUGAGCAUGUUACGUAUCUAAUCCAAAUACCACUCUCAGAUCUUCAUAGGAAUGUUUCAAUAUUUUGAGCAUCACUUUCAGCUGGUUAUAAUAUACUUAUCAUUCAUAUUCAGCAGAUGUUUGAGUUUGUGUCUAUUGCUUCUGAUGUGGAUACUCUCUUUUCCAGUAUUAUUAUUUUGCAUUCCAAUUAUAUUGUCGGCUUGACAAAUGAAUCAAUCACACUUGUAUAGGUAUAAUUUAUUAAAAAAAGAAAACUAGCACCUAAUUUUUUUCAUUCGAAUUAAUUAGCGAAGAGCAGAUUUGUAUUAGUCCACUGAUGGUAUUUAUUGCAACUUCUGAUAAAAAUGAUUAGGUUAGAAAUUGAUCAUAAAUCAAAAUUAUUCAAAUAUUAAUUUAGAUAAAACGAUAACGAAGGAUAGAAAAAUCCUUAUCUCUGGAUCUUGUAAAAUAUUUUAUUUGGGAAGUUGACUCAGUUUGGAUACUAAUUGAUAUUAAUGAUGCGUAUUCAAUUAUAUUUCAAAAUAGAGAUACUGAAUUUUCAGCUUCAGCCAACAUUCAUUUUGGAAAUAAGAUAGGUAAUCCAUUCCGAUAUUUAAAUGAAAAAGGUGCGAUAAGUUUCUAGGGUGAUGUUGAAUUAUAUUUCCUUCAUUAUUUGAUCUUUCAAUACGUUUGGAAUUUCUAGAUAAUUGUUAAUUUUCUUCAAAUCCAGAUCCAUAUUGCAUAUGAGCCAAUUCUUUAUCAUAGUAAUGAAAUGAAACUCAAGAAUUUCCAUUUGAAUUUUUCUAUAUUUUCCCCCUCAUUAUCUCCAUUGGGUCAAGCUUAUUAUGAAUUUUCAAUCAAAAAUUAUCCUCACAAGCCACCACCUUGUUUUCUUUGAAAUAUCAAUUUAGUUUUGAGCCAGAAUAAAUAAAUUGGAAGACGAUAUCUGAAUUGAUUGACACUGCCAGCUGGCUGAAGCCACAUAGUCACACUUGCUCGAUAGCAUACAUGUACUUAUAUAUAUGUGUACCAGAGCUUUUUUGACCGUUGUGUCCUUUAGUUUUUAGAUAGUACCUGUUGAUAAUAUUCAUAAAAGUCCUGCUUCCUGAGGAAAAUAAGUUGAGAUUUGAUGUUAUAUUAGUUAAUUAUAAUUUGCUUAAGUAUGUUAUAAAUUUCUUAUAUUAAUUGUUAUUUGUAAGUACCUGAAAUUAUUCGAAUUAACGAUUUGAAAGAAAACACUGCAUAAUUUCAGAAUGAGUUCUUUUGUAUCAAUAUCAAUAUCGAUGCUAUCGUAUCGAAUAUUCCUCACAUUGUAGGAACUGUUCUGAUGAUUAUUGAAUUAUAAUUCAUUUGAUUAUUGAAUUAUAACUUACUUCUCCACAGUGCACAUAAAUAGUAUUGAUAAGAAAUUUCCUAAAAAUUGAAUAAUUUGAAGGAAUUAAAGAAAAUUUUAUGAAUGAUUUUAGGUGACAACUUUACCUGAAUCAGAUAUUUUGUAUCAAGUAGAAUUGUCUGAUUUAUUUAUUAAAAUGUAAUAUGUCGCUUAAGGCAACAUGAUGAUUUCGAUGAUGCGGAAUCAAACAAAUUAUAAUAUGUACUUGUAUGUGGAAAUUCAUAACAGUGUUGAGUCUUCAUUAUCUGACUGAAUUAAUACUCAUGUAACAUUGUACAACUCCGAAUUAAGUUUGACUAGUACUUACUAACUCAUAGUUACCUAUAUCAACCAAAAGAGUUGAUUACAAAUAGGUAUCUACCUAAAAAUUAAUUAGUUCUGUUAUAUAUCUCGUUUGUUCACUAGUAUGUAUUUCUACCAACCUUCGAAGAUUUUUUUUCUCUGACUGAAGAUGUAUUAAAAAUUAUAUUCCUUAAUAAUUAUUUAUAGACAGGGAAAUAUUAUUUAAAAAUCCUUUUAUAAUGAUCAAUUAUUGUAAUACACUAGACAUGAGAUUUUCUCACAAUAAAAAUAUUGUGAAAAUGAAUAAAUCUAAACCACAAAAUUGAACAUGAAGUUAUAAUUUAAAUUUUCGAUAUUUAUUUCAUUGGUUCCAAUUGAUUGUCUUCAAAUAUUUAAGAGGUUUUUUUUAAUGCAUUCAGAGUAAUUGGAGAGUUAUUAUAAAAUUAUAAUGUAUGAUUGGUUGAAAUUGUUGGCAAAUUCGAUUUUCACUGAAUGCUUAUAUAUUUUGAAAAACGCUAAUGUGAAUUGAAUACUACUUUAUGGAGAGUUGAUGUACCUAUAUAAUAUUUGAUGUUUUGUUUGAGAUUAAUCUAUUGUAAAUAAAGAAGAACUCGUCUGAAAUAUAUAUUUUGGCAUAUUUUGAGAUGGAUACUCAUCUAAUAAAGUUAUAUCGAUUCGAAUGUUUGCACCGCUAUUGAUUUUUGAGCUCAACUAUGAAUGUAUAUUCAAAUAAAUACUCGUAGUUUUGAACCUC